AUGCAAGUCCUGUCUGUAGGAGGUAGUGUCACCCUCCCACAUGGCCGUGCUCAGUUGCUUCAUGACGAAAUGGCCUUGGAGCACUCCUGGUUUGCUCAGUGUGAAAGCAUUCAGAAAGCCCACAGGUCGCAAAAGAAGAAUAUGUCGUUGACCACGGCGCGUGCCGCGGAGUUCUGGGAACGGCUGCGACAGACGUCAGCAAUGACAUGCCUCCGACGGUUGUUCCACUCGGUGCGGAACGUGCGUCGCAUCCAGGGACUGAUGAUCCCCGGACCCGAGGAGGACAACGGGGAUCCCGAGACCAAUGCCCGAGCGGCGGCGGACGCGAUGUGUGCCGAGGCCUUCGAGUGGUUGCUCUAUACCUCGGGCGCGACCGCGGCGGGCGGCAUCCCCCUGCGGAAGUUGAAUUCUAUGAUCCAGAGCGUGAUCCAAAGCGAGAAAUCCAACAUCCCACGGCAUGAACUGGAGAUGCUCAAGGUGGAUACCUUGAUCUCCAGCAGCCAAUUCGCCGAGAUGAUUUGGGCCACCUGUGCCUAA